CCUAAUUAACUUCGUUGUUAAUGUACAUUUGAGGACACAGUGAAGGACAUUUAGUUGCAAUAACUGAUUUAACUUUUGUCAUCAACAACAUCAACAGGUAAUGGCAUCCAGUAAACCUAUACCAUGUGGACCUUGUCAAAAAGGAAAAGUAAACACUAAAGCUGACAUCUGGUGUUACAACUGUGAUGAAGGAUUAUGUUCAACAUGUUCUGGUCAUCAUAAAAGAUCCAAUGGAACACGUGAUCAUAAGACUAUUGAUAUCAAAAGUUAUAAACCCUCCAUCCAAGCUAUCAAUACAGAAUGUGACAUACACAGUCAACAACUCAAAAGGUACUGUCCUAGUCAUUUAAUGCCUUGCUGUGAUCAAUGUAUUUCCACUAAUCAUUCAAAAUGUACAGAAAUAGAAAGUUUAGUUGGUGUUGUGGAAAAAACCAAUACUGACCAAUCAAAACAAUCAUUAGAGAAACAAAUUAACUCAAUCAAUAAUUUUCUGGAAAAAUUAGUUACUAACAAAUCUAAAAACAUAGCAAGAGGUGAACGAGAAUAUGAAAGCAUACAAGAUUUCGUUGUUAAAAUUCGAAAGGAAAUGAAUAGUCAUUUAACCCGCCUAGAGAAGAAGUUAUGCAAUGAGGCAGAAACUAUCUUAAACCAGGUAAAAUCAGAAGCAUCAGAUUUCAUUACUGAUAUUAAAGGAAAACAGAAAAACUUAAAGAAAAUGCAAGACCAAUUACAUGCAGUAUUACCACAUGCCUCAAAACUCCAAUCAUUUCUAAGUGUUCAUCAGAUUGAACAACAAGUACAUCAAUGUCAGCGAUAUGUUGACGAUCUGGAAGAUGAUGAGAGGGCAAAAGAAUUUAGCAUCAAAAUGAAACAAAAUGAUGAAAUAUCAAAGAUAUUGAAGAAAUCAGAAUCACUAGAAUCUUUAGGAGAAAUAAUGGUUGUUAAAACAGAAACAGACUUGACUAUAGAAACAAGCCUGAGGAGGAAAGCACAAGUAGAAUCACGAGAACAAUCCAACAUAAACAACAUGACCAUGAAUAUAGAGACAAAGAUAGAGAUCAACAUGGAAUCAGAGAAGUAUAUCAAUGACAUGAUUUGUCUGAUGGAUGGCAGAGUUAUAGUUGUGGGAAUGAAAGGGAAAGUUAAUCUACUUACUUGUGAUGGCAAACUACAGAAACAGUUACCUAUACCUGGUAAAGCCUACUGUGUCACACAGAUCAAUCAGAACACUAUAGCCAUAACUUAUCCUAAGGAGAAAGCCAUAAAGAUUAUCAAUAUGGAGAAUAAAACAGUUACCAAAGUUAUCACAUUAGACAAACAAUGCUAUGGUUUAUCAUUCUCUAAUUCUCUGGCUGUAGGUUUAAGUAAUGAUGAAAUCCGUAUUAUAGACUUGGAAGGAAAUACACCGAAGUCAAUACCAGUUGAGAGUGAAUCAGACCUGAAGAACCUUGUUUACUGUAAUGACAGAGUAAUCUAUAGUGACUAUCAUGGAAAUGCAGUAAACUGUGUGGAUGAAUCAGGUAAACAGAUCUGGAGAUAUACACAGGAUUUAACAGGACCAAGAGGACUUUGUAUAGAUACUUAUGGUAACAUCAUUGUAGCAGACCAUGAAUCUGAUAGAAUAAUAGUAAUAUCAAAAGAUGGACAGAAUAGUAAAGUACUGAUUGGUGAAGAGGAUGGACUGGUGGAGCCUCAGUGUAUUUGUUUUACACAAAAUGAGUCUUCAGGUUUUAUAUGUGAUUUCAAUGGCACAUACUUGGCAAAAUUCAAUUUAUCUGUGGGAUAAAAUACACACUGGGGAUUCAAAGGAUAUUACUUUUCUAUGAAUCUGCAACAAAUUAUAUAUUUAUACAACUAGAAUAGCAAAUCUUUAGUAGCAGUAGAUUUAGGUUCUGUGUGUUUUGGUCACAAUAUAGAACAAAAUUUCAUGUGUACAAUAAAUAUAGUUUAAAUGAAAAUUAGAAAAUAUUUUAGAUCAAUCAAAUAUUUUUUUGUUUGUUUCACAAAUGACAUGAAUGAAUCAUAAACUAAAUAUUACUUUUUGAAAUGGCCAGAAAAAUGAAAUGAAAUAUAUUUGCAUAUAUAUGGAUAAUUUAAUUCAAAAGAUAUUACUGACAUAACUUGUCUGAUGGAUGGAAGAGUUAUAGUAGUGGAAGAGUUUGGUGAAGUUAACCUACUUACUUCUGAUGGCAAACUACAGAAAAAACUACCUAUACCUGGUGGAGCCUGGAGUGUUGGGCUUAAAUUAAAAUAUUGUUUGUUUGCAGUUUACCGACCUACCCUUGAAAAUCCUCCUGACUGUGAAAAUUUUAUUGCUUUAAAUUUGAACAUUUUUUUUUAAUACCUCUAUUGAUGCGAUCCAGAACUUUGGGUCCUAUCCGGAAAUGAUUUAAAGUUUGGGUCAAUUACAGCAGAUCCCAAAUGGCAAAUGUCGGAUUUGAUGGUAGCUUACAAGAAAAACAUGUAAAUCACAAAUGGCAAAUGUCGGAUUUGAUGGUAGCUUACAAGAAAAACAUGUAAAUCACAAAUGGCAAAUGUCGGAUUUGAUGGUAGCUUACAAGAAAAACAUGUAAAUCACAAAUGGCAAAUGUUGGGUUUGAGGGUUAAAAGAAUUGAACACAUUUUUUCUAGCGGUAAUUUCUGAUAUAUUUGAUGCAAGCUACAUAUUCAUGUUUGACAGCUUUACCUAACAGGGAUUAAAAAAGAAUAGCCACACUUUCGGCAUACCUACCCUCGCCUCAUUUUUUUUAUUGACCGUCUUUGUUCUGUUAUCUAUCUAUUAUUGUUCUAUUCAAAAUAAUUAUAGAAGCCAUAGAUUUGUUAUAAAUUUACACAUGGCUAACGCUCAAGAUAAAAUUCGAAUAUCAAGGCCAAGGCCAUGUGUAAAUUUCCAACAAAUCUAUGGCUUCCAUGAAUUAUUUCUUAAUCAUAUAUUAUAUGUUUAUAAUCUGUACAUAUUUACACCUGUCACUAUAAUAAAUAAUUUACCUACUUACUUACUGUAAAUUCAUAAAUUAUUGCGUGCAUUUAUUAUUAUUUUUUACGAUUUUGAGAAAAAUCCAGUUUAAUUCAUAUUAAAUGUUUCAAAAUGCGAGUUUAAAUUAUUGCGUUUACAACUCUGUCGCAUUUUUUGCAAUAAUAAAAUCCUCGCAAUAAUUUAUGAAUUUUCAGUACUUUAAUCUGGCAACUGGGGAUAUUUAUUAUCUAGAUUUUGUUAUGCUUUCCUUGGAUGUGUAUUUACAUUUUUAAAUAUAUGUAAUAUGUAUAUUUUGCACUGUAAUCUUUAUUAAUUGACAAUCCGGUACAUUUGUAUGAAAGAGUGUUGAUGCAUGUCUUGUCAUUCAUAUAUAAUAUAAUAUAUGUAUUUAUACCUGGUUAACCUUACAACUGCAGUUUUAAGAUGAUGUAUAUAUAUAUUUCUAUUUUCACAACUUAACCUCAUUCUAAAAAAAAAAUUGUCCAUAUCUCAGUAUUAGAUAAUUCCUAACAGUGCUAAAUACACUUUCUAUAUGUUCUACCCUUAAAUUAUUUUAAAAUGGUUUUCACUUUUCAAUUUUCUUGUUUUCUGAAACACAGUUUUGAUAACUUAUCCAAAUACUUUGAAUUUGUUUUUACAUUUUUUUACAGAAUAAUUCACUACAAAUAAUUUGGUAUUCAUAUAAUUCCUAUUUCUAGAUUUAAAUACAGUAUACUAAUUUCAGUCAAAAGUACAAAUCACAACAGUUAUUUCCCCUUUCAUUUUGGAGUUCAGUUAUUCAGGCUUUUUAUUCAAACAUUUUUUGUCCCCAAUAUCAUUUUUAAACUUAUGUAUUAACAUUUUUUCUUAAAAUUAUCAAUAAAUAGUUUAAUUUCA